AUGGACAGGAAUGAUAUUAGGAUAGGGGUGCCAGAAGAAUUGGUUGAUGAAGUGUAUUGGUUAUCCACAUGGAAGAAGGUUUAUGAGAAUGUGAUUAAUCCAAUUCCCGGGCCUGAGAAUUGGAUACCCUCACAAUGUCCCACCAAACUUCUACCUCCCAAACACCAUAAGCAGGUUGGGAGGCCACAAAAGAAGAGAAAGAAAUCAGUUGGUGAGGCUGAAGUUGAAGCUCCUUUUGAUAGUGAGGGAAAAAUGACCAGGAAGGGAAAUACAACCAAGUGCAGCAAGUGUGGAAAUUUGGGACACAACAGUAGGACAUGCAAGGGGCAGGGUGGGGAGAAUGUUGUACAUGCACCAAGUGAGGAUCAAGUUGCAGGUGGAGAAAACAAAACCAGGAAGAAGUGUAGCAAGUGUGGAAGCUUGGGUCACAACAGUAGGACAUGCAAGGGCCAGGGAGGGGAGAAUGUUCAAGAAUCUCAAACUGUAUCACAAGGUGCACCAAGUGAGAGUGAAGCUUAG